GGCAGUCAGAUCGCUGACGCAGAGAGUACGUCAGCUGUUUUGUUAAGGCUCUUAGCAGAGGUGCGUGCGUGUUCCCGUCCGCCGUCAUCGGGAAUGGUGUUGCAUUGUUGACUUGGAGAGACAUUUCUCUCUUGUCGUGUCGUUACACGUACUCGCAACGGUCUCACAUUCCUUUGUUCAUCCCGUGUGCGCCCAGAAGGGAGAGAGAAAGACUGUGUGGUGUGUGUGAAAGAGAGAGAAAGAGAGAGAGAGAAGAGGAGAGAGGGAGACAGAGAGAAACGCAGUGGCCUGGCGCUUCGCUCACGGGCGGUCUCACGAGCGAGCCGUCGUGCGAUUGCAAAGUCGCAUCGUCGCCUCGUAAACUCGCAACCGCGUCGCUCUGCUCGAGCAUCUCUCACUCGUUCUUCGCCGAAAUUCUCCCUCGGUUAUUACCCGCAGCGUGCUACUCCGUAGUGUUCACGGAAAGAAGAAGAAGAAGAAAAAAGUCCAGCACGUCGUCGCUCGGCGAUUCGUUACGCGGCGGCCACACUCGACGGACAAGCGAGAGAGUUUCUCGGUGGUUUCGGACCCAUCAUCGAGCGCUGUUGUUGUGCGCGACCCGUACGAGCUGAGGGAAAGCAGAGAAGAGAGGAGAAAGAGAGAGAGAGAAGCCGUUGUGGACUAUGGCACAGCCGACGAGCAGCGCGUUACGGGCGCUAGCCCUCGAGUACAAGAGCCUGCAAGAGGAGCCCGUCGAAGGCUUCCGCGUCAAGCUCGUCAACGAGGACAACAUGUUCGAGUGGGAAGUCGCGAUCUUCGGGCCGCCAGACACACUCUACCAGGGCGGUUAUUUCAAGGCACACAUGAAGUUCCCGCCGGAUUAUCCGUAUAGUCCACCAAGCAUUCGUUUCAUGACAAAAGUUUGGCACCCGAAUGUAUAUGAGAACGGCGACCUGUGUAUAUCAAUUCUGCAUCCACCCGUAGACGACCCACAGAGUGGCGAGCUGCCCUGCGAGAGGUGGAAUCCAACGCAAAAUGUCAGGACCAUCCUCUUAUCGGUAAUCUCGUUGCUGAACGAGCCCAACACAUACAGCCCUGCCAAUGUCGACGCCUCGGUGAUGUAUAGACGCUGGCGCGACUCCAAAGGAAGAGACAAAGAAUAUGAAAAUAUCAUAAGGAAACAAGCCCAAGCUGCCAAGAUGGAAGCCGAAAAGGAGGGUAUCGUCGUGCCCGUGACAUUGGAAGAUUACUGCAUAAAGACUCGGGCUAGGCCGGCCGAACAGCAGCUAGACAUGACGGACUUCUACGACGACGAAUAUGAGUUGGACGACGACGAGGAUGAGCAACUCAGCGCAACCGAUUACGAGGAUGGCGACGACAGUGGCAACGGAGAAUCGUGAUCCAUUUCUUAGAUGAUAAUACAUAAAAAGAAACUCGAUACGCUAAAUAUUAUCAGUUCUGUAUAGAUUAAUAAAUUAAUGAGCUUCUAAACCGGACGCUCUCUCUCUCUCUCUCUCUCUUCUUUUUUCUUCUUCUUUUUUCUUUCUGUCUCUUUGGACGCGCUACCGAAAUUUAAGUGAGUGUUUCCUUGCUCAAAGAGCCGAUGCGUUAUGGAAAAUUUCAGUAGAGUAUCGCGUACGUCUCUAGAAGUAUCAUCGUCAAUUAUCACACGCGCUUCUGCCCGAACAAAUCAUCUGCGGUCUGUUAUAGUCAAUUUUUCAAUUGAAAAGUAAAGAUGGAAGGAAGCAUCCUUUCUCACUCGCCAUCCAUAAGUCCACGUAUCACGUGCUUUCGCGAUCUUCAAGAUUUCAUUGCGCAAAGUGAUGAUAACUAUUGCCCGCUCGACGAUAGUUUGUGUAAAAGACACCAGUUUUUUAAUAGAGAAAUUCGAGCACUGUCGUCCAACGACGGGCACUUGGAGCAUUAACGACCAUCGUUAUAUGAAAUCAUUGAGAAUUCCGUGUUUACAAGCUCUUUAACUUAAGCAAUAUACUACGGUAUGCGUAUAAAAGUACUUCGAUAGGAGCACUGUGCUUGUUGUGUUGUGGCUGGCACCUCGAUCUUUCAAACCAGGACCAAUUGAUUUACCUAGCAGGGACUAACGUUCGAUAAAGACGAUCGUAAUGUAAGUAAACACGAUGAUUGACUCUGUAUUGGGCAUCUAGUUUCACGCCAUGUUCAAAGUUGUGUGUGGGUACGUCAAUUGAUCCUAAACGUAAUAUACCUACUACUAUGAAAUUUGCAUUGAAUAAUAAAUUUGCGUUUUGUUUCACAAUUAUUUAUGUUGUAACACCGAGCGCAUUCAGCGAAGAAUUCAAUAUAGAAAUAAGAGAAAAAAGAAACGAGCUGCCGAAGAAGACCCGUCUGAAAAGGAAAAAAAAAAAAAAAAUAUAUAUAUAUAUAUAACGAAUUGUACUAUUAUAAUACCCAGCGAUAUGAUUCAUCGAUAUCAGUCAUGAUUACUUAUCUAUGUACGUGCGAAAUAUUAUAUGUCGUAUCGGCAUCUUUCUUUGCCGUAUUGUUUUAUGUCCGAGACAGAGCGAGAGAGUCAUGAAUAAUCAAUGUUAAUUAUUACUUCGCAGGUCUUCAACGGCAGACGUAAUCAUAAUAAUUUUUAGAGUUAGACACAUGUAACUUUUGCUACCAAUACCUUAAUUUUGAUUGUUAACAACACUAAAUGUUUUCUAGGAGAAACAACGGUCGUGUGAAAACUCGUACGCGCAUAAUGUUACAGCCACAAAGUUAGUUUGGCUUAUAAUUUUCGUUAAGAUCUCUUCGUAAUAAGUAUUAUCUGUCACGAGGGAAUAAAGGCUUUCCAAAGAUGGUAUUGGUUGAGCGUAAAAAAGAAGAAAAAGUAAUUACUUAAACGAAAG